AUGGACGUUACCGCGUCAUAUCAAGCGGCCAGGGUCCGUGUAUCACAGCGUCAGCCGCAAGCCUGCCGAGAAUGCACGAAGCGCAAACGCAAAUGCGACAAACAAAAUCCCUGUUCAAGAUGUAAACGCUUAAAUUUGAAGUGCUCGAUAGAAAUCGUCCAGCUUAGACGCAACGCUGUGCAACAUGGGUCAGAGAUUCAGUUUUUGCAUUCGCUUUUGGUGGACCUUGAAUCGACUCCAUCAGAUCCAGUGCCCCUGGUCGUUCAAAAGAUCAAAAAUCAAAUAUUUCGGCUGGAGACCGGCCAGGAUCCCGCAGAAUCGGAAGUAUCCGACACCACGUCGACACAGCGGGAAUCAAGUACAACCGAGGACCGUGCACCUAGCAAAGUGUCACUCGGCCCAACUGAAAACACCUCGCAUCAAAUUGACUCAUCACUUCUCACGGCUAUUGAACAUCUUGCUUGGGGUCGUAAUUCCGCUGGAUGCUUCCCUCACAGGACGUGCUCGUGCCAAUAUCGCAAAGAUGGACUCCAAUCGUUACCAGGGACGAGCCCUCUUCUAGUCCAUGGGCCUAGUCCAGAGCUGAACUCUGCUUUUCCCAGUGUUACGGAUGCCCAGAAGCUGAUCAAGUUUCAUCUAUGCCAUGUGGCCUGGCAUCACAAUUGCAUUCAUGGUCCAACAUUUCUCGAGCAGUGCGAGUUAUUCUGGGAGACUGGGAAAUUCGAGGACCCUCUCUGGCAAGCGCUUUAUUUUUCUGUCUUGAGUUCCACAGUCAGCUCAAUCCAGGAUAGUAAGAAAGUAAGAGAGCUUGUUGAUGUCGACCUGCUGGCAAUGCAAUCUACACAGCAGCUGUUCUCUGCCAUGGUGCAGACCCUCUAUAACUCACAUUUUCUCAGCAACCUCUCCGUAUACUCUGUUCAAGCAAUUGUCAUAUCGACCGAGGUCGCUCAUAAUCUUGGCUUGAGUCAACUGAACGCGACUUUAUUCAAUGCUGCAGUGCGCAUUGCCGAGUGCCUUGGGAUCCACAAGAUCCAGGAUCAAUCAACGAACCUUGCUCAAAACAAAGAUGAAUGGGGUGAGAUGGUGGAACGAGAAGUGGGAAAGAGAGUAUGGUGCCAGAUGAUCAUCCAAGACCAUUUCGCCAUUCCCUUUACCGACACCUACAGUAUCUCUCCGAUGCAUUUCUCGACAGGUCGCCCCAUGAACGCAGAUGACUAUGACUUGACGGAUAUGCCUAUCACGUCUCCCACCAUAAGCACUUACAUCCGCGUGCUCGUGAAUUUGGCAGAAUUGAUGCCCGGUCUAGUUGACGGACUCGGUCCAAUGAAAUCCAGAAAGCCUAUGCGAGAGCAAUACGAACAUAUUCUGCAUAUAGACCAGAAGAUGAGAGGCAUUGUGAAAAACAUACCUUCUUUCCUUCUGCGUGCGGAUAAAACAAAGGAAGCACAAAUCCCAUGGCUUGCUAUCGCUCGACGAAGCCUCGCUAUCACUGCAGCCGAGAAGAUUAUCAUGAUCCAUCGGCCGUUUCUCUUCCGCUCUUUCAAUGACCAGACAUAUACCUACUCAAGACGUACCUGUGUUGCCGCUGCAAUGACAAUUUUGCGUGAGCACGAGGUAAUCGUAAGAGAAGGGGAUAUUUCGAUAUGGACCCACACAGCUUUUGCGAUUACCGCUGCGGUCAUUAUGUGCUUUGAAGUUAAUGCAACUGCAGAGAAUCAAGCUACUAUUGCUCAAAGCCACAAGGAUGCAAUAGUCGCGGCUCGCACCCGCCUUGCUGAUCGAACUAAUGACGUGCUUGCUCAGCGAGGCGUCGCGUUGAUUAAUGCAAUAUUUACUGCCGAUACACCCUCGGGAUCAGGACUUGGCAACAAAGCGAUUGAUUUUGGUCAAAUUCUGGCUAAGUUCUCAACUUUUACGAGAAUGAACCUAGGUCCUGAAACCCCUGACACAUCUGUUAGCAGAUUCUCGAAUGCCGAUGCUCAAGAUGUGAUCGGGGCCCAUUUUAACGAAAUGCAGCCGGCAUGGGAUACAGCGGAAGAUAUCGAUUUCGAUGCAUGGUUCAAUGGAACAUUCCACACUCUACAUGACCCUCUUCAGUUUUGA